UUCUUUCCCCCUUUUUCUCUGUCUUCCACACUGGCUUGGCACCUAAUUUCUAUCUUUUCUAGUGGCGCCUUUGAUGGCGCCCCCGCCAAGUCUAGCCAAGGACGCCGCGAAGCUAUGCGCUGGUACUACACUCACAAACAGUCUCUCGGGAAGAUUUACCAGAUCUGUCAACUUCCGUGGACAGAGAGAUCCCUCCGGCUGGGAAUUCGAAGAGGGCGAUGAAUGGGAAUUGGAGAAUGAGGAGCCGGAGCUUGUAAAAGCCUGGAUCCGGCAGGAUGGUCUUUUUCAAGAGCUGCUUUCGAGCUAGAACCUCUGCCGACAGGUCGCAGGAUGCCGGGUGGAGAUUGUUUUCGCUCAAGGAGCUCCAGAACGCGAGCAACAAUUUCAAUUACGACAACAAACUCGGGGAGGGAAGGUUUGGCAGCGUGUAUUGGGGACAACUCUGGGAUGGAUCUCAAAUUGCGGUGAAAAGACUAAAGCUGUGGAGCUCCAAGCGAGAGAUUGACUUUGCUGUGGAGGUCGAGAUCCUGGGAAGAGUCCGUCACAAGAAUUUACUGAGCUUGCGUGGUUAUUGCGCCGAAGGCAAAGAGCGUCUUUUGGUGUACAACUACAUGCCGAACUUAAGCUUGUCAGCGCAUUUACACGGACACUUGGCCGCGGAGUCAAACCUCGACUGGGAAAGAAGGAUGAACAUCGCCAUUGGCUCUGCCGAAGCUCUAGCGUACUUGCACCACCACGCAACGCCUCACAUCAUCCAUGGGGAUUUGAAGAGCAGCAAUGUGCUCCUCAAUGCGGAGUUCGAAGCACAGGUAGCGGACUUUGGAUUCGCGGAGCUUGUGCCAGAGACGAGCACUGUAAAUGCUGGGGCCAUGGGGUAUUUUCCACCGGACCACGCGACUCCAGGGGAUGGUAAGCUGUCAGAAAAGAGCGACGUUUACAGCUUUGGAGUUUUGCUCCUCGAGCUGGUGAGCGGUAGAAAGCCAGUGGAAAAGCAGGGAUUUUCCGCGAGCGCGAAAAGCGUGAACAGCAAAAGCAGCAGCGGUGAUAAGACCAACAGCGGCAGCAGUGGUGAUAAGAUCACAAGCAGCGACAGUAUCGACGUCAAGAGCAGCGGCAGUGUCAAGCAAAGUAUAGUCGAGUGGGCGACUCCAAUGAUCUACGAGGGAAGGCUGGAUGAUAUCGCGGAUCCAAAGCUCAGCGGGAACUUCAACGAGGUGGAGCUCAAACAGGUCGUUCAAGUGGCUCAGUGGUGCUCGCAAACGAGCCCCGAGAAUCGUCCCAGCAUGAUCAAAGUGGUGGAGCUGCUCAAGAAAGUGCGAGACGAGAAGAUCAAAGCUGACGAUCACGAUGGAUAGUGGUGUGGCGCUGCUCAGAAACUUGCGAGACGAGAAGAUCAAAGCUGAUAGAAUGACGAAUCGAUCGAAGAACAGGGAGAAAAAAUGCUGGCGAGAAGAUUGCUGUAAAUUUUAUAUUCUUUUGGGUGUGAAGUUUCGAGAGAGAUGGAUGCCAUGAUUUUUUGGAUUGCUGUAAUCCUUUCAUGGAAGUUUCGUGAGAGGGUCCACCUGGAAA